CAUGAGAAUCCAGGAAGAAAAUGACCAAGAGCAACAUGGAGAGCGAACUCAUUAAAGCGCCUAUUCGAGCAUUGAAGAGAGCCAGAGAUUUCUAUGUCCGGAGUUUGUGGGACUGUUCGAGCAAGCUCGGGCCCGGCGCCGGGAAUCUAAUGGGCUGCCCGGCGCCGCCCCCGCUUUCGACUAUGCCACGUAGCUUUUCUGAGCUGACCAGCGGGGAUGAGGACUUGAGGGAGCUUAUUAGGGUCUCUUCUAGAAGAAGCCUCAGAGGCAAGGCGGGGCCGGAGCUUCUCCGGCGAGGGCAGCCAACGCCGGCGGCGGGUGAUUCUGCUCCCGGACGGGGAGGUUUGCCAAAAGCUGGGCCGCGUCGUGGCGUCGUGGUGGUGGCUAUUGAGAGGAUUGAUGAAGAGAUCGAGGUGGUACACGUCAUGAGUUCUUGACUUGAAUUAUUGUUUAUGUAGUAUGUUUAAUGUGUACCAUGCAAGAAUUGAAGCUUGGGAAUUCAGCCCAUGCAAGAAUAUCUCCAUAAUAUUUUCUAUCACUUCUCCUAUAUUCUUAAUUAUUAUUAUAUAUAGGAGAAGCCUCAUAAAUCUGUCUCAUGAUGAUCGAUCUUGACUCUAUUGAUAAUGUUUGUUGAAUUUAUGUAGGAGUAUAUGAUAGCAUAUAGCAUAUAUGGUGCGUUGAUCUUCAAUGAUUUGCUUUCAGAAAUAACUUAAUGUUUUUUAGUUU